CAAGGAUCACGACAGAAUUUUGGUAUAUAGGAGACCAGAUCAGAGUCGCAUACUCCAACUUGCUCCUGACAAAAGUAAAAAAUAAAGUCAUUAAUGUAUCAACAUUGGAGAAACCCUUCCAGUUUCUGAUACAGAAACCAAGUAGUCGAGUGGCAGCCGACGAGAUAUUGAGUAUAUGCUCAGCUCAGCUUUGAAAAGCUAAUAAAGUUGUACUUCAUGUGAAGAAUCCAAAUAACAGCAGAAUAAAAAACACCGCUAUAUGAACGCAUGCUAAUACAAUGACACUAAUAGCUUGGAGCAGUACAUUCGAGUCAGCUUCCAUCACAUUGGGGUGUGAUGAAAGUCAAGAAAUUCUCGGCAAAGAUAUCAUGUUGAGUACCAUGUUUAUUUUGUCAUCAGUAUGUUACAAAAAAUUCUACACAAUUCAAGCAUCAUAAGGAAUGUAAAUGGCAACACUGGCUUGAUAUUAUCCGCCCAACAGUAUGUGUUGUGAUAUCACUGGUAUCUUUGGUCGAGAAUGUUUAUGUUACUGUGUGUUAUAAAUAAUUCCAUCUAAUAAACAAACAUCGAAGCUGGUCACACCUUGGGGAUUUGGAAAAUUAUUAAGAUGGUUAAAUAAUACCUACCACCCCAACGAAAUAGUAGUGACAGAAAACGGAUUUUUGAUAAAACUGGAACACUGGUAGACGACGACAGGAUAGAUUACCGGCGGGUAUGUUGUGCAUCACGUUAUCGUGUAGAAGCAUAAUUUCUAGCCCAUUAUAAAAGAGAUUCAUUAUUCACUUUUUUUCCACAGUUACAUGAGUGAAGCAUUAGAUGCUAUACAUGAUGGUAUUAACAUAACAGGUUAUAGUGUGUGGUCUCUUCUUGACAGCUUCGAGUGGAUUUUCGGCUACACAUCCAAAUAUGGACUUUAUCAAGUGGACAUGGCCGAUCCACAAAGACAAAGGAGGCCAAAGAAGUCGGCUGUAUACUAUUCAAAUGUACUCAGAACAAGAUGUAGACGACUGUGACUGUAGUUAAAUGAAACUAAAUACAUUAUUAAAACAA